AUGUCGGAUUCUCAAUCACAAGGCGCGGCUACACCCAUCAAUGACAAGCCUGAGACAGGCUAUGUUGCUGGAGAUGACACUUGGACCCAGUUCCGCAAUAUCUAUCGCAUCUUGACUGGAAAGAUGACCUCCGAGGGCAUCGAGCAGUUCCGAGUUGCGCGAGACCUUCGAAAUGAAACUGAGGAUUGCAAACGCUGCGACGAUCAGCGUGAUUUCUUGUUGCAAUACAGCCCCGUUAUCCGAUACUUAAGCGAUAAUAUCAAACAACUAGGAGGCGAUCUUGGCAGUCACAAUAUCUAUUGCCGCCGUUGCACGAACCGAAAAGCAGGAGGAUUUGAUCCUGAAUUUGGCAUCUUGCUUUGCGCGAACGAAAUGAAGGACCAGGGACAUUUGGAGGACACUUUGGCCCACGAGAUGGUCCAUGCCUAUGAUCAUCUUAGAUUCAAGGUAAACUGGACAGACAACUUGCGACACGCCGCAUGUUCCGAGAUCCGAGCUAGCUCGCUCAGCGGUGAAUGCAGAUGGUCACGAGAGUUCUUCCGACGAGGCCAAUGGAAGUUUACCGAGCAACAUCAGGAAUGUGUUCGUCGAAGAGCAAUUCUGUCUGUGAGGGCUCGGCCGACUUGCCGAGACGAGGCUCAUGCAACCCAGGUGGUGAAUGAAGUAUGGGGGAGCUGUUUCCGAGACACACGGCCCUUUGAUGAAAUCUAUCGAUAA